AUGUAUUUACUCGAGCAACUGGCGCGUCUCCUCGACCGCCCGUUCUUCCCAUGGAAGAAUGUUCUCGUGGGGUUUUCUUUGGGACAGUUUGUCCUAGAGGGCCUUUUAUCUCUCCGCCAAUAUAAGGUCUUGCAACGGACAAAGCCACCACAGGUCUUGGAGAAUGAGGUGUCCCAGAAGGUCUUCGAUCAAAGUCAGUCUUACGGUCGCGCGAAAGCCAAGUUCGGCUUCGUUGCUGGUCUCUACGGUCAAAUCCAGAAUCUUGCGUUCAUCUACGGCGAUAUCCUCCCCAAGCUCUGGGGAGUUAGCGGUCUUCUGUUGACAAAUUAUCUCCCUUCACGGUUUCAGGGCGAAAUCACUCAGACACUCGUGUUUCUGUUCGGUUUCAAUCUGAUUAGCACUGUUCUGUCACUUCCGAUCUCGUACUACAACACUUUUGUUCUGGAAGAAACGUUCGGCUUCAACAAGCAAACGCUCAAACUCUGGGUUACGGAUAUGCUGAAAGGUCAAAUGCUCGGUGUUGUGCUUGGUGCUCCUAUCAUCAGUGCGGUGCUCAAGAUUAUCCAAAAGACUGGUAACUCGUUCUUCUACUAUCUGUGGCUCUUUGGUGUCUUUGUCCAGAUCUUUGCUAUUACCAUCUACCCGAUUGUGAUCUUGCCGUUGUUCAACAAACUAUCGCCCCUGGAGCCUGGUGACCUGAAGACCGGUGUCGAGAAUCUCGCCAAGAAGCUGAACUUCCCUCUCCAGGAACUUCACGUUAUCGAUGGUAGCAAGCGCAGUGCCCACAGCAACGCCUAUUUCUAUGGACUGCCCUGGAAGAAGCAUAUCGUUAUCUAUGACACUUUGAUUGAGAAGAGUGAGUCGGAGGAGGUGGUCGCUGUUCUGAGCCAUGAACUGGGUCAUUGGAGUCUUAGCCAUACCACCAAGCUGUUCGGUAUUGCUCAGUUCCACAUGUUCUAUAUCUUUGCUCUCUUCUCGGUCUUCGUGAAUAACAGAUCAUUGUAUCACUCUUUUGGUUUCAUCAACGAACAGCCCAUCAUGAUUGGAUUCCUUUUGUUCUCGGAUGCUCUGGCGCCCAUGGAUGCCGUUGUCAAGCUUCUGAUGAACAUCCUCAGUCGCAAGUUUGAAUUCCAGGCCGAUGCGUUUGCUGUGAACCUUGGAUAUUCGGAGAAGCUCGCCUCAUCCCUUCUUAAGCUCCAGAUUCAAAACUUGAGCACCAUGGAUGCCGACUGGAUGUAUGCCAGCUAUCACUACUCCCACCCCAUCCUGUCCGAGCGUCUCAAGGCACUCGGCUGGAAGGGUGGAAAGGUCACCGACCUUAAGGCAGAGGACAGCGAGAAGCCAGUUAAAGCUGCUGACCGCGAGCUGUGAGCCACUAUGAUGCUGCUAUUUUCAUUCACGUUCCGAGUUAGUGUGGAAACCUUUGGGAAGUUUCGGCUAUUUUGGUCCUGUAGGACGGGUUCGGCGGUUGUAGAAGCGUGGGAAUUCGUCAUUGAAAAAGAAGAGUAAUAAGACAGGGGAAAAG